GCACGCACGCCCGCGCGCCGCUCCGGCUCCACACAGCAGGUUCCCACCGCGGCACGCGCACGGACACACUCAAAGGGGGGACCAGGGACACGAGGGGGGCCCAGAAUGUUGACCAUACUGACAGCCAUGUACCUGGUGGUGAGGGCGGUGUCCUCGCAGCUGGACCCCAUCAAAGUCCUGGUGACCGGCGCUGCGGGCCAGAUCGCCUACUCCCUGCUGUAUAGCAUCGCCAACGGAGAUGUCUUUGGCAAAGAUCAGCCCAUCAUCCUGGUUCUGCUGGACAUCCCACCCAUGCUGCCGGUGCUGGAUGGCGUGGUUAUGGAACUACAGGAUUGCGCUCUUCCGCUGCUGAGGGAGGUCAUUCCAACAGAUAAGGUGGAAGUGGGCUUCAAAGAUUUGGAUGCUGCCAUUCUGGUGGGCUCGAUGCCCAGGAAGGAGGGCAUGGAGAGGAAAGACCUCCUGAAAGCCAAUGUGGCCAUCUUCAAGACCCAGGGAGCUGCCUUGGACAAGUAUGCGAAGAAGACUGUCAAGGUCCUGGUGGUAGGAAACCCUGCAAAUACCAACUGCUUGAUUGCUGCCAAGUCUGCCCCUUCUAUUCCUAAGGAGAACUUCUCUUGCCUGACCCGUCUGGACCACAACAGGGCCCGUUCACAGGUGGCCAUGCGUGUGGGGGUGCCAUCAGAUUGUGUGAAAGAUGUCGUCAUCUGGGGCAACCACUCCUCCACCCAGUAUCCCGAUGUGCACCAUGCCAAGGUGCAGAUGCAGGGUAAGGAGGUGCCUGUUUUCGAUGCAGUGAAGGACGAUGCCUGGCUCAAGGGGGACUUCAUCACUACCGUGCAGCAACGUGGGGCUGCAGUCAUCAAGGCCAGGAAGCUCUCCAGCGCCAUGUCAGCUGCCAAGGCCAUUUGUGACCACAUGAGAGACAUCUGGUUUGGCACUCCUGAGGGUGAGUUCAUUUCCAUGGGAAUCUACUCCUCUGGGAAUUCUUAUGGGGUUCCAGAUGACCUCAUCUUUUCCUUCCCUCUCACAAUCAAGAACAAGACCUGGAAAAUUGUUGAUGGGCUUGAGAUCAACGACUUCUCCCGUGGGAAGAUGGAUGCCACAGCAGCUGAGCUAGUGGAGGAGAGAGAUACAGCCAUCUCCUUCCUCAGUGUCUGACUAGAGCCGGGGCAGCAGAACUCGGAUACCCAAAAACCUCCCGAGUCCCGUCUUUAAAAUAGAAAAAAGCCUCCCAACAAUACUGUACAUGUCAAAUGUCAUUUUUGUCAAGCAAUACAAGUAAUAGUGUAACCAAGUAAUUGAACAAGCCUUUGUCAAAAGACAGAUGGGUAUUUUUUAGCUGUCAUAGCACAGUAGAUGAUAGUUGUAACAGUUACCCAUUCAGUUCAACAAUAAAACAGCUGAAAGUUUAAAAACAUGUUGUGCAUU